CCUGAGGAGGAUCUGGAGGAAUUUGCUCUCGCUGAAAUGGAAAAGGUCAUCUCUUGCUACCUCCAAGAUAGCUUUUUAUCGUCUUGGCUUUUACUGUGUACCAGCCUGGGUCUCGGGGUUUCUCGCCCCAUGUGUGACCUUCGAUGCCGGAGCCCGCCCGGCGGUUUCACCUCUCUCUACCUGACCCAAUGGUAUCAAUCUCGCUCCGCCAUCGACCUCGCGCCUCGCAUGAAGCUCCUCAGCCCUCGCAACUUUGCCUUUCUCCUCAGCCAAGACUGCUCAAUAACGAGUCGAUCAUCCUGCUUUCAUCUGUCCAACCACUGCCGUUCGUUGCAUGGGCUCAUGGAGGAGUACAAGUACGAGCCUCUCGACCUGGAGAGUCCUGCAAUCCGGCUACUCCGCCUGCAUCAUGGAGUCGCCAGCGACAUAUCUUGCGAGCUAUUCCAAGCGGAGCUACACCAACGACAAGACAGUGUCUCAUACGAAGCCCUUUCAUACACAUGGGGCUCUUCUGAUCUCUCGAAGAGUAUUCGUGUCAACGGACAUAUGAUGAAAAUCACUCAAAAUCUCCAUGAAGCGCUGCUACAUCUUCGCAAAGAGGAUGAAGACCGUAUCUUGUGGAUUGAUGCAGUCUGCAUCAAUCAAGCCAACUUGAAGGAAAGAGGACAUCAAGUCGCACAGAUGGGAGAUAUUUACAAAGAAGCCGAUCGUGUGAUUUUCCGUCUUGGCAUGGGGUCACACGCGACGGAUAUCUUCAUGGAAUCUCUGCGGUUGCUGCAACAAGCAAGCACGAAGCAUGCUUGUAGGACUUGGUCGCGUUACGACGGCCGCUGGGAGCAUCUUUGGGAUUCUUCCCGGUCAUGCUUGAAGCUGUUAUAUCCCGAUUUCCAGGACUUGGAGAAGAGAGGUCUGGAGGAACUCCUUGGCCGUCCAUGGUUUCGCCGGGUGUGGAUUCUGCAGGAGGCGGCUUUUGCCCAGGCCGGUAUCAUCUCUUGCGGCACGAAGUCUAUGUCGGCCCGCCUGUUUACUCUUGCUCCUCUGCUCCUGGACAUUACUCCAGAUGCUCAUUGUCAAUCUGUGAUUGACAUCAUGCCAUCUCAAUGGAGAAAUGCUUCGUGGUUGAGUGCAAAUCGAAGUCUCUACACGCUCUUGGGCGCUUUUGGAUGUAGCGAAGCAACCGAAUCGCGAGACCUCAUUUACGCCCUACGGGGCAUAUCUUCCGAUGUGAGGGACACGGCCAUCCUGGUGCCUGAUUACAAGAGACCGGAAAGCGAUAUUGUUCAUGAGCUCUUCAGGUAUAUCUAUUCCUGUAAACCGGACCAUUUGGAACCUUCACUGCGACCGCAGUCGAUACGACACUUAACAACCGCCUUGCACAAGCACAUCGAUGACCAGUGGUUCUUAAGGCUAGCGCAAAGUUCACUCGAGUGCAACGAGAUGGAGGCACUUCUGACGAGGCCCGAACUCACAGUCAGCCAGGAGAUCUUCAACGCUGUAGCAGAAACCGACAGAAAUGGCAAGACAGUCGAGGUGCUGCUGCGCCGCCGCCGAGAGGAAGUCAGCAUCGGCGAGGCUUUGUCAUAUGCUGCAAAGAAUCCCUACGCCGCCGCAGAGGUCUUGGAUUGCUGUCUUCAAUACGAGAGUCUCGUCAUCACCAACAAAGUGUUUGCUGAAGCUGCAAAAAACUCGCAAUGUGGCUUGGAGGCAGUUGAAUUUCUUUUCACCCUGUCGGCCACAGAAUCCAGCAUAAUGGCAGUCUUGAACGCGGUGUGCCACAAUCGAUCGAAUGAUAUGAGACAGAAGAUUCGGGAUCUGGUGCGCCAGAUACGGCAGUAA